UUUUUUUUUUUUUUUUUUUUUUUUUUUUGUGUGUCAACCGGUCUUCGAAUCCGGUUUAUACCUCUUUUACUCUUAACCCCUUUGGGAUUUCUACUCGUCGCGAAUCGUCGCAUGUUCCCCGUUCAGUAACCGCGGAAAUGCUUAUCGACGGCGAGAAGUGGGCUUGUGAAGCUUGCGUCCGGGGUCACCGUGUCAGCAGCUGUCACCACAGUGACCGCCCAUUGACCCACAUCAACAAAAAAGGCCGUCCAGUCUCUCAAUGCGCCCACUGUCGCGGUCUACGCAAGUCACGUACAACCCACACAAAGUGCGAGUGUGGUGACAAAAAGAAGAAUUGUCACAAGAAUGACUCGGAUUCCCACACCGCCGACAGGCGAGAUCACAAGCAGGACUCCCGUCAGCGCUGUGGCUGCUUUCAUGGCCAGCGCUGUAUCUGUGCACUGAAAAAGGAACACCAUUUAGAUCCUGUUCCGGAAACUGGCCUCCCCCCGGCACAACCUACGAUCUUGUCGGAAUGCCCCAAGAAGCCUCAAUUGACGUCGACCAAGUCGGAGAGCACCCUCACCGUCUUCCGGGAUGGUCACCACCACAAGCCACAUCACAAGCACAACGACAUGGCGCACAAGUGCGGUCUGCCUUAUACCAUUCCUCGUUCGCAUACCUUUCAUGCGUCAUCUGAUGUGACCCGCCGUUCGGUCGACCACCUGCCGCUAUCGCAGUCAGCAAUGAUGGGGGAGAGCCAUUCUUACCCUCAGACCGAUCAGCAGCAGCCUCCGCCGCCGCCGCCCUUUUUCGGGCCACCACGUCGUACCAAAUCCGAACAUGGUUCCCCUGAGAGUGCUCCCGUUUCGGCCGCUGAGGACCUUACGACGUCUGUCCCCUCACUUGACAUCUCGCCCUUUUUCCCUCCUCCAACGGCCCCGGCUUCGCAACAAUCACCGUUGGAGCAGUCGAAUGAGGCAGCUUCGGAACAGCCGACGAUCUCAAAUGCAGACGAAUUUGGCAAGGCUCCUUUGAAUCAGAUUGUCACCAGUGUCCCGCCAGCCGACAUGUUCCCGGGCUUUUCCACUUCGACGACCUCCCCGGUCUCCGGCAUUGCGUUCCAAGAUCCGUAUCAGGAGCCGUUCCUUGCUUCGCCUGAUGCUGAAAUCCCGGUAGGCAAUGCCGGGUUCAAUGCCCCGUCGGUCGAUUGGUCCAGUUUCCCGCUUUAUUCCUCGGACGCGCCUGCUGCUACGAGCACCCAAGCCCCAUCGUACGCGAGCUUCGAUUACAACUCAAUAGGCCCCAAUUUUGCGGCCCCAUCAUCCUCGGGGGAUAUUUCGGAGGCGGACGAAUGUGGUCCACUCCCUGGCCUCGCCCACACCGGCAGCGAUCUGCACAGUGUGAGCGAGGGUUCGGAUAUGGAGCACCUGCGUCUCAGCUCGGCGUCGUCCUUCAUCAGCAUGCCGCAGGCACAGCUCCUGGCGUCGAGCAAUCUGGACUCAAUGAGUAUCGAUGACUUUUUGAAAUCGGCCAACGAAUCAACGGCGGCAUUGGAGCAUCAACUGCAGACCAAUAUAGGCAUAGAGCAGAAGCCGUUUCAGGACUCCUUCCCUACAUCGCAACCACCGACAUACAGUGAGGGAAAUGAAAAGUCCGUGACAGCUGAUCCGAACAUGGUUAUGCCAACGACCUCGCCAACGGAUCCUACUUGGUCUACCGCCCUGUUUGAUUCAGGGUCGUCAAUGGAAGACCCCUUCUACCCCCAAACGUGGGCUCAAUGAUUGUUGCUGUUUCAUUUCUAUUUCUACUUUGCGGGAAAAAACGAUUCGCUGGGGCUAGCCGUCCUGUGUUUCACCACCUCCACACCGUCUUCACGACCUUGAUGAGAGAUGAUGAUAGAUGCCCUGCGUGCCUUUUAGCCUUCGUCUUUUAGAUACAAUUGGAUAUUGCUACUUAUUCCUUACCGUUCUGUUGUUCAGUAUUCUGUACUUGUCCUUUGGCGUUUCCACUGGUUCACGCUUUAUACUCGGGAAUUGUUGGUAUUCCACCUGCGCUGCUGCGUACCGAUGUGCAACCUACGAUGAGCCGAGUCCCGACUACUGUUACCCAGCAGCCAGCAACACCCUUUCCACCCAACUGUCUGUACAGCACACAAAGUACAUACAUAGAUAGAAGCGUACAUAUGCAUGAAUCAUACUUAGAGCAAUCCUGAUCGACACAAUCUAGCGGUGUACUAUCCUCUUGUUCUAUACAGUCCCC